AUGGAAGAUUGGGAAGAGGAACGUGAAACUGUAAAGGCCGAUAUCAAUCAGCUAAAGGAUCAAGUCGGUCAAAUUUUAGAAGCGUUGAAAGCCAUGAAAACUACAGGAGAGGCUUCGUCUGCAAAGGCUGAUGAUAAUGCUCACACUUCAAUACAUGACGCUGUGGGUGCACAAUUCACAUUUCCGAUGUAUGGUCUACCACCAGGUUACACACCGCCUACUGGAGAUCAUUCAGAGGCAGAGCAUACUUCCUUGGCUUUUCCCGUAACCAGCAAUGUACUUCCCAUUGGUACCCAGGGGCCUAUCCACACCACUGAGGCAAAGUUGAAUGAAACGCCCAAGCUUCCCCAAACAAUUGCCGCACAAGAUGCUGCUUUGCAGGCAAGUGUAGAAGGGGCGAAGGAUAAACUUGAAGUUCUAGAAGGCAGACUGAGAGCCAUAGAAGGGUUUGAAAGUUACGGAUUUGGUGACGUGGCAAGAUUGAGUUUGGCUCCCGGAGUGACCAUUCCACACAAGUUUAAAGUGCCAGAAUUUGAGAAAUACAAGGGAAACACAUGCCUUAAGAAUCAUUUGACUAUGUAUUGUCGAAAAAUGGCCGCUUACGCUCACGACGACAAAUUACUUAUCCAUCUCUUUCAGGAUAGCUUGGCUGAAGCGGCAUUGAGUUGGUAUACACAUUUGAAUUCCUCGCAUAUUCGUUCUUGGGCAGAUUUGGCAGACUCCUUUGUAAGGCAGUACAAGUACAACAUGCAUGUUGCACCGGACAGGUUACAAUUACACCACAUGACAAAGAAAGAGGAAGAAUCUUUUAAAGAAUACGCGCAACGAUGGAGAGAGUUGGCAGCACAGGUUGAGCCGCCUCUAUAUGAUAAAGAAAUGGUAGCAAUGUUUGUGAGCACGCUACAACCACCUUUUUAUGAGCAUAUGAUUGGCAAUGUGUCCUCCAAUUUCGCUGAUAUCAUCAUCAUAGGCGAAAGGAUAGAAAUCGGACUGAAAAAUGGGAAAAUUACAGCUCAACCUAACACUCCAAAGAAAUCUGUCUUUAAUCCAGGAAAGAAGAAAGAAGGAGGGGUACAUGCGACAUCAUCAGUGCCCAUGUGGGGAGGUCAUACCCCUACUCGUAGCUAUACACCAAGCCCGAGCUACCCUCCCUAUGUGAACAACACCACGCCUGGUUCCCAAAUUAAAUCUCAACCGCCAGGAUAUUAUCCACCACCACAGGUUUCAAACAAUGCUUGGAAAGUAGGAGUUGGCAUGGACCCUGAUCGGAAUGUUGGUCAGAACACUCAUCCUAGGAGGGAACCGGGGAAGAACUUCACCCCCAUUCCUAUGACGUACACAAAAUUGUUACCUCAUCUCUUAAAGAAAGGCAUGGCCAGUAUUCGCCCCAUGAAACCUUUACAACCUCCAUACCCUCAUAAUUAUGAUCCAAAUGCAAGCUGCAAUUUUCAUGGGGGAAGCGUUGGCCAUUCAACUGAAAGGUGCAUGGCUCUUAAGUUCAAAGUACAAUCGUUAAUUGAUGCAGGAUGGUUGAAGUUUCAGGAAGACAAACCUAGUGUUGAAAUCAACCCCCUUGCCGAGCAUGGAAAUACCUCAACAAAUGCCAUCGAGGAUGGACGACACAGGCUAGUAAGAGAUGUUAGUGAAAUUCGUAGUUCUAAAAAGGUCAUUUUUGAAACGCUGAUGAGAUUGGGUUUAUUAAGGGGUGGAGAUGACCUCGGUGAGACAUGUGGAAUCUGUCCAGGAGCCGAACAUAUCAUUACUGAGUGCACCAGGUUUAGGAGCUUUCUCCAAGAUCUGAUUGACAGAAGUUUCCUACAAAUAUACUACGUGAAUAAAGAAGAAGAAGUAUUUGCACAGACUGGUGGAGAGCCCAAUAUGACUUUAUCGGAACCAUUAGUGAUUCGUUUCACCAGAACCCCUCCUACACUCAUGACUCAAGGAAGGAUGACGAAAAGUGGACGAAUCUCUCCAUCGUCACUUUCAGCAAAGGAAGAUGUGGAACUUUCCGAAGAAAAGAGCAGGCCAUUAGAUAAAAAUGUUAAAGAAAUUUCCGAUGAAGAGGCAUGUGAAUUCUUGAAAUUUAUACAGCAAAGUGAAUAUAAAGUGGUGGAUCAAUUGAAACGCAUGCCAGCAAAGAUCUCCCUUUUGGAACUACACAUGCAUUCAACCUCGCAUAGAAAGUUGUUAAUGAAAGUACUCGGUGGGGCUCAUGUAGAGCAGAACAUUUCUUUGGACCAGUUCAAGGGGAUUGUUAACAAUAUUACUGCUAAUGAUUACCUCACCUUCACUGAUGAAGAGAUACCUGUUGAGGGGAGAGGUCAUAACAAAGCUCUUCAUAUCUCUGUAAAAUGCUUGGAUCAUGCCAUAGCACGCGUUUUAAUUGAUAAUGGUUCCUCCUUGAAUGUAAUGCCUAAGGUAACGCUGGAGAAGUUACCGUAUGAUGUGAUUCACUUGAAGCCAAGUACUAUGAUUGUAAGAGCUUUUGAUGGGAGCAAGAGGGAUGUUAUGGGAGAGAUAGAUUUGCCAGUACAAGUUGGUCCUUGUGUUUUCCAGAUAACCUUUCAGGUCAUGGACAUUCACCCAGCCUACAGUUGCUUGUUAGGUCGACCUUGGAUCCAUUCAGCAGGGGUGGUGCCCUCUACAUUACAUCAAAAGUUAAAGUAUGUCAUGGACAAUCAGCUAAUCAUAGUCUCAGGAGAAGAAGAUUUCCUUGUAAAAGGGCCCUUGUCUACUCGCUAUAUCGAGGCAGCAGAGGAGGCUCUUGAGACCGCGUUUCAAUCAUUGGAGAUCAUUGGAAAUACCUAUAUAGAACCGAUGCCAGUAAAUCCGUACCUGUCUAGUGCCUCUCUUAUGACAGCUAAAGUCAUGCUAAAAGAAGGUUUUAAACACGGAAAAGGUCUUGGAAAAUACGGGCAAGGACGGACCCUCCUGCUAGAACUUGUGGAGAACAAGAAUAGAUAUGGCCUGGGGUACAAGCCCACUAGAGAAGACAAAAGGAGAGUGAGGAAGGAAAAGGAAGAACGAAGCCUAGCUCGCAUAGAAGGAAGAGAUCCCCUAAUAGGGAGGAUCCGCAUUUGUGAUAUCAGGGAAAGUUUCCGCAGCGCCGGGUGGAUUAACACUAGCCUAAUAGCAACAAUCGAGAAUGAAGACGAAGACUCUGCACUUGUGUGGCCUUGCACCCCGGAAACACAGCUCAAGAACUGGAGGAUAGAGAAUUUGCCUGUGAUGCUUGUCGAAAUAUGUGACAAUGAAUGUUUUGAAAACGAUAAUAUUGAUACCCCUAAUUUCGAGCACCCUAUCAAUAAAAUGGAAGAUGAUUAUGAAUUUGAGCCGGAACCCUCCCCAGAAUUAACAAGGUUAGUUGAGCAAGACUCCAGGGAGUUGAAACCCCACCAAGAAGAAGUUGAAAUAUUUAACGUAGGAGAGAAUAGCGAAAGAAAAGAGGUAAAAAUCGGCACAGGCAUGCAAAAAGAAGUGAAGGAAGAGUUAUGUGCUCUGUUAAAGGAAUUUAGGGACGUGUUUGCCUGGUCGUACGAUGAUAUGCCUGGUUUGGAUACAGACAUAGUCCAGCAUAGGCUGCCACUCAAGCCAGAAUGUCCGCCGGUCAAACAGAAACUAAGGAGAAUGAAACCAGAAAUAUCCCUAAAGAUCAAAGAUGAAAUACAGAAGCAAUUCGACGCAGGAUUCCUAGCGGUAUCAAGAUACCCUCAAUGGGUGGCAAAUAUCGUGCCUGUACCAAAGAAGGAUGGUAAAGUUCGAAUGUGCGUUGACUACCAUGACUUAAACCGCGCAAGUCCAAAGGACGAUUUCCCAUUACCACAUAUUGACACCUUAGUAGAUAACACAGUUAAGUUUUCCUUAUUUUCAUUUAUGGAUGGCGUUUCGGGGUAUAACCAGAUUAAAAUGGCCCCGGAAGAUAUGGAAAAAACUACUUUCAUCACGUUAUGGGGAACUUUCUGUUAUAAGGUGAUGCCUUUCGGACUUAAGAAUGCUGGGGCAACUUAUCAGAGGGCGAUGGUGGCACUUUUCCAUGAUAUGAUGCACAAAGAAAUAGAAGUUUAUGUGGAUGACAUGAUUGCCAAGUCUAAACGAGAGGAGGAGCACAUUCUUAAUCUAAAGAAAUUAUUUGAAAGAUUGAGAAAAUUCAAACUCAAACUUAACCCCGCUAAGUGCACGUUUGGUGUAAAGUCCGGAAAGUUGUUGGGUUUUGUGGUCAGUCAAAAGGGGAUAGAAGUGGACCCCGACAAGAUACGAGCCAUAAUGGAAAUGCCAUCCCCCAGCACAGAAAAAGAGGUACGAGGUUUUUUGGGACGGCUAAAUUACAUUGCUAGGUUCAUAUCUCAACUAGCAGCCACCUGUGAACCCAUGUUCAAGUUGUUACGUAAAAAUCAACCCGUAAAGUGGAAUGAGGAUUGUCAGGCCGCUUUCGACAAAGUCAAGCGCUAUCUCCAGGACCCUCCUGUAUUGAGACCGCCCGAGUCGGGAAGGCCACUCAUUCUUUACUUAACAGUAUUAGAUGAAUCAAUGGGUUGUGUGUUGGGUCAGCACGACAUAUCCGGAAAAAAGGAAUAUGCUAUAUACUAUUUGAGCAAGAGAUUCACAGACUGCGAACGACGCUAUUCGCAGUUAGAACGAACUUGUUGCGCAUUGGCAUGGACUGCUCAUUGCCUAAGACAAUACAUGCUAAAUCAUUCUACUUGGUUGAUAUCUAAAAUGGAUCCUAUUAAAUAUAUUUUUGAAAAGCCUGCUCUCACUGGAAGGAUAGCUCGAUGGCAGAUGCUAUUGUCAGAGUAUGACAUCGUAUAUGUCACUCAAAAAUCUGUCAAGGGUAGAGCUCUAGCUGAUUAUUUGGCCCAACAACCCAUUAGAGAUUAUCAGCCGAUGCAGCCUAAUUUCCCUGAUGAAGAUAUCCUGGCUUUGUUCGGAAAAAUUGAGGGAGGCCGAAGUGAAAACUCGUGGACAUUACUGUUUGAUGGGGCUUCCAAUGUAAAAGGACAUGGAAUAGGAGCAGUACUUAUAUCCCCAGAAAAUCAAUACACACCCAUGACCGCUAGGUUGUGCUUCAACUGCACCAACAAUAUCGCUGAAUAUGAGGCUUGUGUUAUGGGCAUUAAAGCAGCAAUUGAAUAUAAGAUAAAAAUUUUGAAUGUAUAUGGGGAUUCGGCCCUAGUCAUCAACCAACUAAAGGGAGAAUGGGAGACCAGAGAUGGAAAACUAGCCCCUUAUCAAGCCUAUAUCAGUAAAUUGAAUGAGAACUUUGACUCCAUCACGUUUCAUCACAUACCGCGAGAUGACAAUCAAUUGGCAGAUGCUUUGGCUACCUUAUCAUCAAUGUUUGAAAUUAAUCGAGAUAUGGAAAUACCAAUGAUCAAAAUGAAAAGUCAUGCAGAGCCAGCGUAUUGUCAUUCCAUAGAUGCAGAGCCAGACGGGAAACCUUGGUAUUACAAUAUUAAGAAUUAUCUAAAGACUCAGAGGUACCCAGAAGGGACAUCUGAAAAUGAUAAGAGGACACUGAGGAGGUUGGCGGGAAACUUUAUCUUAAAUGGGGAUGUCUUGUACAAAAGAAACCACGACAUGGUACUCCUCAGGUGUGUGGAAGCAAAGGAGGCUGAGUCAAUUUUGGAAGAGGUUCAUGAAGGCACCUUCGGAACACACAUGAACGGGCACUCAAUGGCUAGAAAGAUUCUGAGAGCGGGUUACUUUUGGUUAACCAUGGAGCGAGAUUGUUGUGCGCAUGUAAGAAAAUGUGAGAAAUGCCAAAAGUAUGCGAAUAAUAUCAAUGCACCACCCGUAAACCUAAAUGUAUUAACGGCACCUUGGCCAUUUUCAAUGUGGGGAAUAGAUGUCAUCGGUGCUAUAGAACCCAAGGCAACGAAUGGACAUCGCUUUAUACUAGUUGCAAUUGACUACUCCACCAAAUGGGUAGAAGCUGCUUCCUAUGCUAAUGUCACUAGAAAAGUAGUGACAAAAUUCAUAAAAAAGGAUUUAAUUUGCCGAUACGGGCUCCCCGACAAGAUCAUCACUGACAAUGCCAGAAACCUGAACAAUCAAAUGAUGAAAGAGUUAUGCGAAGAGUUUAAGAUUCGACACCAUAAUUCUUCACCUUAUCGUCCACAGAUGAACGGAGCAGUUGAAGCUGCAAAUAAGAACAUCAAGAAGAUUGUACAAAAGAUGGUAGUCACGUAUAAGGAUUGGCACGAAAUGCUCCCUUUCGCUUUACAUGGUUACCGUACAUCAGUACGCACAUCGACUGGGGCAACCCCUUUUUCUUUGGUAUACGGAAUGGAAGCAGUAUUACCCUUCGAGGUAGAAAUCCCAUCCUUGCGAGUAUUAAUGGAAACCCGUUUAGAAGAAGCCGAGUGGAUUCAAACCCGGUUUGAUCAACUCAAUCUCAUUAAGGAGAAAUGGUUGACCUCAGCAUGCCAAGGACAAUUAUACCAACAAAGGAUGAAAAAAACAUUCAACAAGAAAGUACGUCCUAGGGAAUUCCAAGAAGGUGAACUG